CCUCAAGCACGUAAAAGCACAACUCAGAAAAAAUUCAAAACAUUUCAAGUACACUGACAGCAUGGUAUGCCAAAAACACUACAAUAAUAAUACAUCUAUGUCCUACCCAAGUCUUCUCAUUUACCAUCGCUUUAAGCAAAGUUCUAAUGCAAAUUGACCAACUUCGUCACUAGAAGAGCGAUCGUCUUGAAAUACGAUACCGUGUUGUGGAUUGUAUAUUACGGCUCAGACGCAAUCCCAGACAUUCCGCGGUAGAAUUGGAGCAGAGUGCAACCCGCCAUGCGCCAUUUAGCCAUGAUUAUUUGGUUGGCUCUACUGACCGUCUUCCCUUCGCUCGGUCCACCAGUAGUCUCGCAAACAACACCAUACCCAGCAAACGUGACAAGAGAACCAGCAAACAUGACGAUGGCUCCAAUAACAAGAGAACCAUCAAACAUAACGAUGGCUCCAACAACCGGAGGACAAUUACCAAACAUGACAACAAUCCUUCCCAAUUCCAUCGGAACACCAUCUCCAGCAACACCUUUGCGGCCAAGGUUCAAGUGUUACGAGACUAAUUGCACCCAAGGGGUGGCCGAGUGCCAAGUGGUAUGCAAGGACUCCUUCAUGGGUCUACCUGUGGUCCCGGACAGGUGCACGACUGCCAGAGUGUCCACAAGGCAAAGACCAGGAGAGAUAAUCACUCUCAAGCGAUGCGCUCAUUCCACUAUUUGUGAAGAAGAAAGAACACUGUGUAUCAUGGCCGAGAGACUGGCAGGGGGGGUCCUAGCAUCCUGCUCUGCUGGGUGUUGCCGCGGAAGUCUAUGCAAUGUCGGUGACGCAAUUCCCAGUCAACCUACAACAGAUGCACCAACCUUCGAUCCAACAACGCAUCCACGGAGCAAAGCCUUGGAUUUUAUCAAACAGACGCUCAAAGCGCAAAGGCCUAUGGGACAUUGCGUGACCACGUGACGGAUCCUGCCACAUCUGAUUGGCUCCUUGGUUGUUGUUAAUCGUGGUGGACUGUGUGCUAGAAUGUUGUCAAGGAAACAAUGGUUGCUGGGAGCUCGGUUUAACUAGAUGCAGCUGCAGAGACUACAACACGUGCACAUUAAUCCA